UAACUCUAAGACUUAGGAACAUAUUCAGGCUGUCACCUCUCUGACUCACAUACUAAAUCAACAGCACCCUUCACACACUCACAGCUAGCAGACUCAUUUCACUGCACAGCUAGGUCAUGGCGGACAGAAAGGACAGCAAGACCCCCAGUAAAGGUGGUCUGACAAAGAAGAAAGAAAAGAAAGUGGAGAAAGUAGAGAGUAAACCUGAAAAGGAGAAAGAAAAGAACAAAGAUAAAGGUGAAAAGAUGACAAAGAAGCCAGAGAAGACCCCAGAAAAUCAGCAAAAAAAUGAGGAGAUGCCUCAAGGAAAUGGGGAGGUAGCAGAAGGAGCCAAACACCCUGACAAAGAUGAGGAGUUUGAGCUGGAGCCUAUGGAGCUGCCUCCAUUUGAGAUCAUUGUAGGAGACAGACUGAACCCGACCUUCUUUAAGUUCCAAUUUAAAAAUGUGGAAUAUUCCUCCGGGCGCAACAAGACCUUCCUGUGCUACCAGGUAGACAUUCAAGGAGGCGCUGGAGAGACAGAUGGCCUUCGUGGUUACCUGGAGGAUGAGCAUUCGGGUUCACAUGCCGAAGAAGCCUUCUUUCAACAGGUGCUGGCUCAUUACGACAAGUCACUCCACUACACAGUGACCUGGUACACGUCCUCAAGCCCUUGCACAGCCUGCGCUGCUAAGCUCGCAGAGAUCUUGCAAGCACGCAAGACAAUGCGCCUUAAUAUCCACUGCUCCCGUCUCUUCCAGUGGGAGGAACCAGAGAUAAAGGUCGGACUUCAGGCGCUAGUUAGGGCGGGGUGUAAAAUACGCAUGAUGAGGCCUGUGGAUUUUGCGUAUGUUUGGUCUACUUUUGUUGAGAACGAGGAAGAUAACUUUACACCCUGGGAGGACUGUCAAGACAACUAUGAUUAUUAUGAUGAGAGGUUGUGUGAUAUUUUAAAGUAGGGUAAGGAGCCGCAGCUGGCCUCUGAUUAAGACUGUUAAAAACAGCCUGGGCACCGCCUUUAAGGAAAUUUAGUACUUAAAACCUAAUUAUUACAAUGUCUCUGUAAUUACACCAGCAAUGUUUCCUGUCAACACUAUUUGUCCUGUGAAAUCACACGGUUGACUUUAUUAACUGAUUUUAAACUUACAUAAAGAAUUCAAACCACACUCAUGUAUAGU